GGUAGGUUAUUUGUGGAGAAAGAUCAUAAGAUAUCAAAAGGCGUUGUUGUUCAUUACAAGAACUGAGUUCAAGAAGAUAUGGUCAUAAUUAGGUCAUGUUUCAAAUCGAUUCUCGUACUAAGUAUAGUAGCUUCGUGUUGGAUUUUGUCGGUCCAUGGUUGGAGUAAGGAAGGUCAUAUCCUCACAUGCCGAAUCGCCCAGAAUCUUUUGGAAUCUAGGGCAGCUAGAGAGGUGGAGAAUCUGUUACCGGAAUAUGUGGAGGGAGAUUUGUCGGCACUGUGUACGUGGCCGGACAAGGUCAGAAUCUGGUACAACUACCGUUGGAGCAGUCCUCUUCACUACAUCAACACUCCCGACAACGCUUGCAACUACAAUUACAUGCGGGAUUGCCAUGAUCAAUAUGGGGCGGAAGAUAGGUGUGUGGAUGGUGCGAUCCAGAACUUCACCUCUCAGCUUCAACGCUACGUCGCGGGAACUGACCUGAAACAUAACAUGACAGAGGCCCUUUUGUUCUUGUCCCAUUUCAUGGGGGACAUUCAUCAGCCGAUGCAUGUGGGAUUCACAAGUGACGAAGGAGGAAACACAAUAGAGUUGCGAUGGUUCAGGCGCAAAUCAAACUUACAUCAUGUAUGGGACAGGGACAUCAUUCUCACGGCUCUUGCAGAUUAUUACGACAAGAACUUGGAUCUCUUCCAAAGGGCUCUCGAGAGAAACAUCACUGAUGGCUCAUGGACCGACGAUAUACCUUCAUGGACAAAUUGUAGCGAUCUCUUCUCCUGUCCCCAAACAUAUGCAUCGGAGAGUAUAAAACUAGCUUGUGAUUACGGCUACAAAGGUGUAACGGCCGGUGACACCUUAUCAGAUGAAUAUUUCGAUUCAAGACUGCCAAUAGUGAUGGAAAGAAUAGCUCGAGGAGGAGUAAGACUAGCAAUGGUGCUAAACAGGGUUUUUGGUGAGGCUCACGUUGAUGUCGCUGCAGCUUAAAUCCCCAAAUAAACCCUAAACAAAGGCAACUAAUAAGGAGAUUUGUUGGUUAAUUAACACGAUUAACUAACGCUAAUCACUCUUUUUUUCUUCUUCAUCACUAAUCCAUCGCCAUUUAUCUA